UCGGUGCGGUCCCCGGUGGCGUGAGCGCAGCGAAUGCACGGCGGCGGAUAGACCGGUUUCUCGCUCCCGGGGGCUUGUGGGCAAAGAGGCGGCCAUGGGUAACACGCCGGCGCUUCACUGCCGAUCCGUAGAGGGUUUUUGAGAGCGCAAACCUGGAUCUCCCUGCCACAAGAGAGUAGCGCAGCCGCUCAGGAGAAGGGACCAGACCCGAGACAUCACUUAUCCAUGUUCUCCAGAGAUGCUGCCUUGGUCCAUCACUUUUGUGACUUUCUUUGCAAACAUCUGCAGUUACUUGUUGCAAGAGAUCGGCGGCAGGUAUGAGCGGGGAUCCGGAUGAAAAUUAAGUUGUCUGGAACAGUAGGUAGACAAAAAUGAUGGAGAAACUCAGCGGGUGUGGCAGCAUCUAUGGAGCGAAGGAAUAGGAUAAAACAAGCAGAGUGUUUGUGUACCCGAAUCUCAAAUCUAUUCAGUUCACCAGCAUUUGAACGCGUGGGACGGAUUCACUGUGUCAGCUGAGCCUACGAGACGCCAGAGAGUUCAUAGCAUGGAGACAUUAUCCACCAGCUCCCAGUGUGGGCAGGGAUUCGCUCAAUCUCCCCACCUGGUAACUCUCCAGCAAGACCAGGCUGUGGAGAGACCAUUUACAUGUCCUAAUUGUGGGAAGGAAUUCACUCAAGCGUGGAACAUGAAGAGACACCAGCAAAUUCACACCGGGGAAAGGCCAUUCACCUGCUCUGAGUGUGGGAAGGGAUUCACUAAUUCUUCCAAUCUUAUGGCCCACCAGCGGGUUCACACUGGGGAGAAACCGUACAUCUGUCCUACCUGUGGAAAGGCAUUCACUUGGUUACGGUCCCUGGUGGUCCACCAACAAGGUCCCCCUGGGGAGAAGCAAUUUACCUGCUCCGACUGUGGGAAGGGAUUUCACCACUUAUCGGGUCUGCGGACACACCAGCGGAUUCACACUGGGGAGAGGCCAUUCACCUGUUCUGACUGUGGCAAGGGAUUUACUCAAUCAUCUGGUCUACGGACACACCAGCGGAUUCACACUGGGGAGAGGCCAUUUAUUUGUUCUGAGUGUGGCAAGGGAUUUACACAAUUUAUUCGACUUCAGUUACACCAGCGAGUUCACACUGGGGAGAGGCCAUUCACCUGUUCCGAGUGUGGGAAGGCAUUUACUCAAUCAUCGAACCUCAGGGCACACUAUCAAAUUCACACUGGGGAGAAGCCAUUUACCUGCUCUGAGUGUGGGAGGGGAUUUACUCAAUUAUCUGUACUACAGAAACACCAGCGACUUCAUGCUGGGGAGAGGCCGAUUACCUGCUCUGAGUGUGGGAAGGGAUUCAUUGACUCAUCGGCUUUGCAGAUACACCAGAGAAUUCACAUGGAGGUGGGGCCAUUCACUUGUUCAGAGUGUGGGAAGGGAUUCACUCAUUCAUCUGUAUUACAGAGACAUCACAGAAUUCACACCGGAGAGAGGCCAUUCACCUGUUCUGAGUGCGGGAAGGGAUUCACUCAAGCAAGCAACCUGAAGAGGCACCUGCUAAUUCACACCGGGGAGAAGCCGUUCACCUGCUCUGAGUGUGGGAAGGGAUUUACUGAAUUAUCUGGACUGCAGAUACACCAGCGGAUUCACACUGGGGAGAAGCCAUUCGCCUGUUCGGAGUGUGGGAAGGGAUUUACUGAUUUAUCUGGACUGCAGAAACACCAGCGGAGUCACACCGGGGAGAGGCCGUACAUCUGCUCUGAGUGUGGGAAGAGAUUCAUUCAUUCAUCUGCGUUACAGAGACACUACAGAAUUCACACCGAGGACAAGCCAUUCACCUGUUGUGAGUGUGGGAAGGGAUUCAUUCAAGCAUGCAACUUGAAGAGGCACCAGCUAACUCACAACGGGGAGAGGCCGUUCACCUGCUCUGCGUGUGGGAAGGGAUUCACCCAUUCAUCUGCGUUACAGAGGCACCUCAGAACUCACACCGGGGAGAAGCCAUUCACCUGCUCUGAGUGUGGGAAGGGAUUCAGUCAAUCAUCUGCAUUACUGGCUCACCAGAAGAUUCACACUGUGGAUAGGCUAUUCACCUGUUCUGAGUGUGGGAAGGGAUUCAUUCAAUUAUCCAAGCUACAGGCACACCAGCGAAUACACAUGAGGGAGAUGCAAUUUAUUUGUUCCGUGUGUGGGAAGGGAUUUACUCAAUUAUCUGGGCUACAAACACACCAGCGAAUUCACACUGGGGAGAGGCCGUUCACCUGCUCUGAGUGUGGGAAGGGAUUCACUCAAUCUUCCCACCUGGUGACCCAUCAGGGAAUUCACAGCGUGGAUAAAUCAUUUGCCUCUUCCAACUGUGGUUCCCAUGUAAAAGGACCAAUUGGUUGUGGUCCGAUGGCGAACGCUGAGCCGGUGAUUUCAGAUAACUGCCAUGGCGCCUUCUUUACCCAGAAACCUCCGCGCCCCAGAACUCACCCUAUGUUGCAGGCGACAACAAGCGCGCAGGCGCGGAGAGACCCCAAGCCGCGCAUGCGGACAGAAGACUCCGGAGCCCAGGCAGAAGGCGAGGGCUUGUUCCCCCAGCCUCGCUGCCACUACAUGCAGAGUAUUUGUAUACCAAAAUCUCAAGUUUGUUCAGCUGAACAGCACCUCAACGCGUGGGAGGGAUUGAUUGUGUCAGCUGAGCCGACGAGGGCCAGCAUGGAGAAAUUGUUCACCACGUCUGAGGCAGGGCAGGGAUUCAGCCAAUCUUCCCACCUGGUGACUCUCCACCAAGAUCACGCCGCUGUGAGUAAACCAUUUGCCUGUCCAGAUUGUGGGAAGGGAUUCAUCCAAUCAUGGCACCUGAAGAGACACCAGCGGCUUCACACUGGAGAGAGACCAUUCACCUGCUCGGAGUGCGGGAAAGGAUUCACUAAUUCAUCUGCGUUGUUGAGACACCAGAUGAUCCACACAGGUGAUAGGCCGUACACCUGCCCUGUGUGUAACAAGAAAUUCCUUUAUUCGGUGGCAUUAGUGAACCACCAGAGAAUUCACACUGGGGAGAGGCCAUUCACCUGCUCUGACUGUGGCAAAGGUUUCGCUCAAUCAACUGCAUUAAUGGCACACCAGAAGAUUCACACCGGCGAGAGGCCAUUCACUUGUUCUGUGUGCGGGAAGAGAUUCAUUCAAGCAAGUAACCUGAAGAUGCACCAGCUAACUCACACCGGGGAGAGGCCAUUCACCUGCGCUGAGUGUGGGAAGGGAUUCAAUCAACCUUCCAACCUGAGAACCCACCAGCGAAUUCACAGCGUGGAGAGGCUGUUCACCUGUUGUGAGUGUGGGAAGGGAUUCAUUCAAGCAUGCAACCUGAAGAGGCACCAGCUAACUCACACCGGGGAGAGGCCGUUCAUCUGCUCUGAGUGUGGGAAGGGUUUCACUGAUUCAUCUGAGUUACAGAAGCACUUCAGAAUUCACACCGGGGAGAAGCCAUUCACCUGCUCUGACUGUGGGAAGGGAUUCAGUCAAUCAACUGCAUUACUAUCUCACCGGAAGAUUCACACUAUGGACAGGCUAUUCACCUGUUCUGUGUGUGGGAAGGGAUUUCUAUAUUAUUCUCGGCUACAAACACACAAGCGAAUUCACACUGGGGAGAGACCGUUCAUAUGUUCUGCGUGUGGGAAAGCAUUUACUCAAGUUUCUGGGCUAAAGAUACACGAACGAAUUCACACCGGGGAGAGGCCGUUCAUCUGCUCUGAGUGUGGGAAGGGAUUCUCUCAAUCUUCGAACCUGGGGACCCAUCUGCGAAUUCACAGGGUGCAUAAAUCAUUUGCCUCUUCCAACUGUGGGUAGGAUUUCAUUGGUAAAUUUAACCUGGUGAUCCACGAGAUAAUUAAUGCUGGGGAGAAGCCAUUCACCUGUUUAGUGCCUGGGAAGGGGUUCAUUUGAAUAUCUGGGCUAUUGGCACACCAGCUCAUUCACACUGAAUGGAAAGUUGAAAUACGUUUUUUAUUUUGAUGUUAGUGCUGAUGUUUGUUACACAUAGGACUGAACCCUGGUCCCUGGGCAAAGUUUGUACUGAUGUCAGUAACUUGAUCAACUGGAAUGGAGUUUAAUAUCCUGAGUCUGUGACAAAUAAAUGUGUUCUAUUGUAAACCCUGUGUCGUCUGCCUGCAAUGUACAUGGAGAGGUUGUUCGGCCCAUCUUGUCCCUGUCAGUAUUUUAUCUUCCACUACUCUGUUGGAAUAUUCUUGUAUAUCCUUUUUCUCUGUUUUCUCAGCUUCCUAUUAAGUAAAUGUCUGUUAUUCAUCUCUAUUUGAUUGGAAAACAAAACUUGGAAAGAGGCCCUUUGGCCAACCGAGUUCAUGCCAACUAGCCGGGAAAUGGUGUUAGGUAAAUGGAAUGGCUUAAAGGCCGAUAAAUCCCCAGGGCCAGAUAAGUUGCAUCCCAGAGUACUUAAGGAAGUAGCCGCAGAAAUAGUGGAUGCAUUAGUGAUAAUUUUUCAAAACUCUUUAGAUUCUGGAGUAGUUCCUGAGGACUGGAGGGUAGCUAAUGUAACCCCACUUUUAUAAAAGGGAGAGAGAGAGAAAACGGGGAAUUACAGACCAGUUAGUCUAACAUCAGUGGUGGGGAAAAUUCUGGAGUCAGAUAUUAAAGAUGGGAUAGCAGCACAUUUGGAAAGUGGUGAAUUCAUUGGACAAAGUCAGCAUGGAUUUAUGAAAGGUAAAUCAUGUCUGACGAAUCUUGUAGAAUUUUUCGAGGAUGUAACUAGUAGAGUGGAUAAGGGAGAACCAGUGGAUGUGUUAUAUCUGAACUUUCAGAAGGCUUUCGACAAGGUCCCACUUAAGAGAUUAGUAUACAAACUUAAAGCACAUGGUAUUGGGGGUUCAGUAUUGAUGUGGAUAGAGAGCUGGCUGGCAGACAGGAAGCAAAGAGUAGGAGUAAAUGGGUCCUUUUCAGAAUCGCAGGCAGUGACUAGUGGGGUACCGCAAGGCU